AUGCUGUUUUUUAUUACUUGCCUUUCUGUUACUUUUUCAUUUGUUCUUUUCUUUGCUUUUAAAAGACAAGAAAAACGCAUCUCAAGAAGUCGUACUCAUCCAAAAGGAAGUGAAAUAAUACAGAAGGAAAAGCACGAAUAUAAAGACGAGAUAGUAGAAAUGUUACCCUUAGCUGAUGUCAAUGAUAUGCCUACUAGUAUCAGAGGCAAGAAAUAUCCUGCCAAAGCUCAUUUAUUAAAAACUAAGAAGAUUCUUUUAAAUAAAAAUAAAGAUAUUUCUGAAUCGACUACUGCUAUAUUCAUUGCUGGUGAAGAGAUUGAACCUAGAAAAUACUGUGAUACUACUAAGCCAUUUAGACAAAACAGAUACUUCUUUUAUUUUUCAGGUGUUGAUAUCCCUGCUGCAUCCUUGUUAUUCGACUUCAAGACUGAAAAAUCCACUUUAUUCUUACCAAAUAUUGAUUGGGAUGACGUAAUGUGGAGUGGAUUACCACAGAGUAUUGAAGAGGCAAAAGAAGCUUACGAUUUUGAUGAAAUAAUUUAUGCUGAUAAGAUUGAAGACUCAAUCUCUAAAUUAAGUGGUUAUUCUAUCUACACCACUGACUUGGAUAAUGUCCAUAUUUCAAGUUUGUCCAAACAGUUGAUUCCAUCUGAUAAGGAUUUCUUCUACGCUAUGGAUGAAUCAAGAGUGACCAAGGAUGCUUAUGAAAUUGCCCUAAUGAAAAAAGCUGCUCAUAUUUCAGACAAUUCUCAUUUGGCUGUUAUGUCUGCUUUACCAAUUGAAUUAAAUGAAAUGCAAAUUGAAGCUGAAUUUUGCUACCAUGCUACUCGUCAAGGUGGUCGUUCAUUAGGUUAUAACCCAAUUUGUUGUUCAGGCCCAGCUUGUGGUACUUUACAUUAUAAUGAUAAUGACCAAGAUUUAGAGGGUAAAGAAUCAGUUUUGAUUGAUGCUGGUGCUGAAUGGAGAAAUUAUAACUCAGAUGUUACCAGAUGUUUCCCAAUCAAUGGUAAAUUUACUAAAGAACAUCGUGCUAUUUAUGAAACUGUUUUGGAUAUGCAAACUCAAGCCAUGUGCAUGAUUAAACCAGGUGCAAGUUGGGAUGACAUUCAUAUUUUAACUCAUAAGAUCUUAAUUAAACAUUUCAGAGCUUUAGGUAUCUUUAAAAAUACCUUCACCGAAGAAGAAAUUUUUGACAGACAGGUUUCUUGUGCUUUCUAUCCUCAUGGUUUAGGUCAUAUGCUUGGUUUAGAUGUUCACGAUGUUGCAGGAUAUGCAAAUUACGAAGAUCCAAAUCCGUAUUUCAAAUACUUAAGAAUCCGUAGAAAAUUACAAGAAAACAUGGUUGUUACAAAUGAACCAGGUUGCUACUUUAAUGAAUUCUUAUUAAAGGAAUUUUUGGAAAAGUAUCCAGAAAGAAAGGAAGUUGUUGAUGAAGACGUUUUAAAGAAAUACAUGUAUGUUGGAGGUGUUAGAAUCGAAGAUGAUAUAGUAGUUACUAAAGAUGGUUGUGAAAAUAUGAAUAGUUUAACUUCAGAUCCUGACGAAAUUGAAAAAAUCGUUUCUGAAGGUUUAAAGAAAAGCCGUUCCGACUUCCACGUCAUUGUUUAA